GUAUGCUACCGCAGCAAGCUCCAGGACAAUGGCGUCCGGUCCACAAACCUCAAAGCGCAUCUUCCUCGUCGAUGCUCCACGCACCUACUCCCAAGUCUUCAACAAGCUCUUCCUCGCCCAUCCGGAUCUCGGACAUAUAUUCCACCCCAUGAUCUGCGCCAUGUAUGGCCGCGAAAGAGUAGGACUUAAUCUGAAACAUUGCGAGGCUGCUGAAGAAGCCGGAAAGGCUCUGUCGCUUAAGACGGGGAUGACAGAAUCCUUAGAAGAAGCAGCAAAGAGAAUGGAGAAGUAUAUUCUCCAGAUUGAGGAACAGUGCAAAAUCCCCUGGAUCAAAGACCACACAUGCUGCCACAUUCGCCGUGACAUCGCUAUUUCGGUCGCCAAGUCUCCCACCUACCCGGACCUAGACCUUCGGUCUUCGCACAAUCCAACAGUCUUCUCGGAUGAGCUCUUCAACACUUUCACGCCCGUGAUCCUCAUCCGUCAUCCCAUACUUAUAAUUCGCUCGUGCUACCGCACGCAAGCGUCAGUCUUCCAUCUUGAAGCCCACGGCGAGGACUUCAAGCUCAUGACGACCCUCCAGUACUCGAAGAUGUGGUUCGAUGCGAAGCGGGGAGAUGGCCAGGUACCGAUCGUGGUCGACGCCGAGGAUGUCGUGCACAACACCGAAGCUACGAUUUCACUGCUUUGCAGUCAUCUUGGAAUUGACGCCAAUGGUGCACAGUAUACCUGGGAUCCUGCACCGAGAGAAGAGUGGCCGGAUGACCCGAUUAUGCAAGGUUUCUUUGUGGAUAUGCUGAACUCUUCCUCAGUUAAGCGCGGGAAACAGGCGGUCCAGAACGCACUGGAUAUUGACAAUGAGCUGGAUAUGUGGAAGGUGGAGUUCGGAGGGGACGUCGCGGCUGUCUUGAAGAAGCGAGUCGAAGAGGAGAUGCCAGUGUAUAACUUCUUGAAGGGUUUCAAAGUCGACAUAAAGGCUCAAUAA